AUGGAAUUCUCCUCCCCCUUUCAAACAAAUCUCGCCGCCAAUAUCUCCGCCGAAUCCCAGGAAGAAUACCGAAAGAUUAUUUCAACUCUUCCUAAAGAAACUGCUUGGACACCAAUGCAGCCUCUUUGCCUAUACCAAGGAUUUUGGUUCUUCCCUAUCUUCUUAGAAGGAGCCAUGUACAUUCAAGAUCACUUCCAGGCUCAGUCUACCGAUGUUCUCCUCUGCAGCUCAGUAAAAACCGGUACUGUUUGGCUUAAGGCCUUGUGUUUCUCUAUUGCAACCAGAACCCAAUUCAACAAUUAUACCAGCCCUCUCCAAACCACCUUUACGCACCAGUGCAUUCCGUUCUUGGACUAUGGGGAGUACGCAGCUUCGCAAGGCCCAAGAUUCCCGCUCUUGGCCACCCACAUGCCUUACACAUGCUUGCCUAAGUCUGUAAUUGAUUCAGGUUGUAAAAUUGUUUAUCUUUGCAGAGAUCCGAAGGAUAACUUCGUUUCUCUAUGGCACUUCUUGCGAAAGGUCACACGAAAUAGUUUCAAAGAGCUCAAGGAGGGAGACCUCAUUUCAGUGGAAGAGGCCUUUGAGCUGUUUUGCAAAGGAAUCUCUUUCUAUGGACCUUAUUGGGAACAUGUAUUGGGGUACUGGAACGCGAGCUUGGAACAUCCUGAGAGGAUAUUGUUCCUUAAAUAUGAAGACAUGAUGAAGGAGACUGCACCAUAUGCAAAGAAAAUAGCUGAAUUCUUGGGGUGCCCUUUUUCCUCUGAGGAAGAAAGAGGGGGCAGAAUACAAGAAAUUAUAGAGUUUUGCAGCUUUGAGAAUUUGAGCAACUUGGAGGUCAACAAGGCCGGUCUGCAUCAGAAGAAGGACAAGUUAAUUGAAAACAGUGCAUAUUUUAGGAAGGGGAAGGUUGGAGAUUGGAGAAAUUACUUAACAACUGAGAUGGGAGAACGUCUUGACAAUAUCAUGGAGCAAAAGCUUAGUGGAUCUGGAUUAAUAUUUCGUGUCUCACCGCAAGAUUGA